GCCGCUCGGUCACUUUUUAAACUCUCACGUGGAGACAUGGCAACUGAGGAGCUAGCGAAGAAACUCCAGCGCCGGCUGAUGCUGCAGAUAUCGGCAGAGGAUGCAAACGGCGAAAUAGUCGAAAACAACAAUUAUUUAGAUAUUGGCGGAGGCACAGAAGACAAACCGGUCAGAAGGAAUGCAAGCACCGAGCUCUCCGUUAUACUGUCCAGGAGGCUGGACAUCAAUGAAGGAACAAAGGAGCCGAAACAGAUUAAAGUGUUUAACCCUUACACUGAAUUCAAGGAAUUCACCAGGAAACAGAUCAAAGAGAUGGAGAAGAUGUUCAAGCUCUAUGACUCUGGAAGGGAUGGCUUUAUUGACUUGAUGGAACUAAAGUUGAUGAUGGAGAAACUUGGAGCCCCUCAGACUCACAUUGGCUUGAAAAAAAUGAUCAAAGAAGUAGAUGAGGAUUUUGAUGGAAAGCUGAAUUUCCGAGAGUUUCUUCUGAUCUUCCACAAGGCGGCAGCAGGAGAGUUGGAGGAAGACAGUGGGUUGAUGGCUCUCGCCAGGCUUUCAGAAAUUGAUGUCUCCACCGAGGGGGUUCAAGGUGCCAAGCAUUUCUUUGAGGCAAAGGCCCAGGCUCUGACAACUGGCAGCAGGUUUGAAGCUGAAAUCAAAGCCGAGAAGGAGCGGCGCAAACGUAUAGAAGAAGACAGGAAGCAACGAAGAGCAGCUUUUAAAGAACUGAAGGCCGCAUUUAUGUAGAAUUUCCUGUGUUUUACCCAGCACAACCACUUGUACAGAUUUGUAAAGCACAGAACUGAAUACUAACAGUUGGAUAACUAAAACGUGCACUAAGUACUGUUUUUUGGGGUGCCAUUUUAUUUAAAUUUUAACCUAAAGUUCUAGACCUGUAACUUUUUAGUUGUCUAACUGAUUUGACUCCAUACAUAAAGCCUCAGAAUUGAAAAUGCAUUAUUGGUACAACAAAACUAAUCAUCUGGUUUAGAGUAGUCUGCUUACCAAUUCAGAGGAUGAUCAUAAUCACCUCUGUCCCUAUUCAUACUGUUCAAAACUAACGGCUCAGGGCUGUGCUUUUGUAGAACUUAAUGCCUCUUAGAAAUGCUGCACUAAAUUGUACACCAUUUGAAGUAUUUUUGAAUUUAUCUUAUGUAGUCUUAUUUUUAUAUAUAUAUAAGGUAUGCGUAUAUAUAAUCUGCAAGUCAUUUGGGAACAAUUUUAGACCAUAGAUGCAGAACUUGACUUUUUCAAUGGUAUCCGUGAAAACUGCUUUUUAUUUUAAACAAGUAUUUAAUCCAAAGACCAAUAAUGAUUUUAACAAAUUAAUCUGCAAAAAUAUAAAAGAAUAGAUGCUUAAUUGUGUGGAUAAUAAUUUCAAAAUAUUAAUAUUGUAUCAAUAUUGAAUUAAGUCUUCUGUAACUAAACAUUUUAGCUAAGUUUUGAUAAUAGUUGAAAAUGAGUAAUGUGACAUAAAUUGUACAUUUUCUAAAUACGUUGAAUUUCAACUGUACAAAUGAUGGAAACCUUGUGAAAUAGCAGGGUAUGUGUAUGAACUUUCUGCAGCACAAAGCAACAAGAUUGAAAAAGUUUUGUUCAUGUUUACCCACAGUAAUUCUCCCGCCUAUAGAGUGGUCAAGGAGUGUCUGAGUCUGAUUAGGUUUUCAAACAGGAAGAACUUUGCCAGGCAGUAGGACGCACUACAUUUUGUGACUAUUAGAAGACUGUUAGAAUAACUUGAAGACUGGUUAUUUUUCUGACUGCUCUGUUGGACAGCAAUAGGUGCUGCUUGGCAUGGUAAACCUGCAGAAAUGAAGGAGAUGUGAAUAUUGAACACUGUGGCAGGGCUCAGGUCAAAAAUAUCCUUAUUUCAUUCCAUUACCUUAAAAGGUCCCUUGUUUAUAACAAUGUGAAAAAAUCUGAUAAAUCAUUUGUUGGUCUUUAUUUUGACUGUCCAGUUAAUUAUUUGCGAGAACAAUAAACUUCCAAAUUUUUUGUUCUUUUUUUUAGAAAUGGUACCUACUGGUAUGAUUUGGCUUGUUGGCUUCUGUAUAUGGGCUCCCCCUUCACAAAUGUUUUGAGUUUCUUGAACAAGGAACAUUUUGGAGCAGAAAACAUUUAUGGUACAAUCACUUCCCACUCUUUGGCCAUCUAACCAAGAACAUUUUAAUGACUAUUCUUGCUCAUUUGUGUUCUGAUCAAUGUAAUGUUAGCCUAAGAUCACAUGAGAAUUUUUCAUUUCUCAUUUGAAGAUUGACUUGUUAAUGUCUCAUAAAACUUAACGAGAAUAAAUAUAAUGAGAAAAGGAAAACAUGUUGAAUUGCAUUCCUAAAUAUGUUUUAGCAUAUGUAGAUUAUGAAUGAGUUUGGUUACGAAUGAAAGCUCUUCACUUCCGGCCUUGUUACCAUUACGUUUUCUGCUUAGAUGUUAUACUGUAUGAGAGGACACAAAAAUGUUGUAAUCUACAGGUCCUUUGUUGCCUCACUGAGAUCCACAAAUGGCAAACAGAAAGAACCAUAAACUUCAAGUUUUGGUUAAUUUACUGAAAUGAAGUUUUUCUCCAACCAUGGGUCACCUACUUGUUUUGGGUUAAGGGUGUGGAAAGAAAUGAGAGAGAAAACACCGACUUUGUUUUACCAUGGUAUAUAGUGCACCAAUGUUAAAUAGUACACUGAGGCUUCUAUUAGGUAGCAAGUACAAUGAUCACAGGGACCCUGCUUUAUCAUUGAUAUAAAAUGACUAAAUGUUAUAUAAGGUUGGGGACACAGGUGUAUAUUUUGUGAGGAAGGUAGAGGUGACUUUAAUGAUUUAAUGAUAGUGACGUUAAAAUAUUAGAAUUCUAUAGGUGAAGUAAAAUAUGCAACAUGCUAAUAUUUAACUACAAUUUCCUAAUAUUUAUAAGCAAACUUUUAAAAAUUGAUUGACUUGAUGGUUUGCAUUUUGAAGGAUGAUUUCUUCUGAGCUUUGCUAUCAUGCUUCCUCUGUGACUCAAAUGUUUGCAAUAUUUGUCUACUUGAAUGAAUCCUGACUUAUUGCACUUUUGCAAUAAUAACUGUUAUAGUAAUGUGUAUCUGCUAGUCAUAUGAUAAAAUCAUGACCCUAGCGAGCUUUAGAAAGUUACCAUUGUGUUGCUAUAAAUUUUCACAAAGCUUGGGAAGAUGGGGAUUAACAGUGCAGAUCACCUGGUGGUCAGCUGAAAGUAAAUGGGACAAGAGCAGAGUAACAAAGCCAGUUUUAUCUGGACGUGAUGCAGAAAAAAUGUUGUAUGUUUAAAAACAGGAGCCUAGAAGUAGAAAUUUUAAACAUUAAAGCAUUGCUAUUAAAUAUGCUAGAAAUGUCAAUGCUGUAAUUUGGGAAUUAUUUUGGGCAGGAGCCAUCCUUUAAGAAAUCUGAGUUUCACAGUUUUUUAAAUGUUA